CAUCGCCUGAGAGCCUGCGGUCUGGCAUUCGAGAUGCGCAGUGAUAUGGGUUCUAUUCGAAGCUAUCAACCAAGUGAAGUGGAAACCAUUCCUUUGAUGCAACAAAUGCUUGCACAAGGAGGCCCGACCGGAGGUUACGAUCCACGCAACGGUGGAUUGACACCAACUCGAUCCCCACGCAACUUGAGUCUUGUAGAAGGUGACUACGGUCUGGUUGGUCAAGGUCAACACCGCCUCUCGCACACGAGCAGUCACGGAACAAAUAUGACCAUGCUCAGCAAUCGUGUGAUCACCGAGGCCUACCUGGCCGCUGCCCGAGCUGCAUCCGAGGCUGUGGCUGCCUCGGUCGUCAGUGGGAGUACGGAUUUGUAUUCACCCAGUACCCAGUUGACCAGUGAUCUGAGUUCAUUGAUGGCCGAAAACGGCACAGACGGGGAAAAAGAUCCCGGGAGAACGGGUGCAUCGAACAACCAUCGUCAUUCGCAUCCGGCUGAGGGCAAUGAAUCCACGGUCACUAUGGGACCAAAGGCGGUGAAGGCAAAUGCUCGCAAAUCCAGCGAUCCGGUGAAAAUUCGGCAAGGAGUGAGAAGCCCCAAUUCAAGUGAGUUCUAA